CGCUGAGUCGAACGCACGUCGUUUUUGCCGCGCGCGGACUUGAGGUCCGCUCUUUUGAAAGCGCUUUCCGAAUCCGAUACGAAACUCAGAACUGAAAGGGCGCCGCCACACACACUCGGACACACACACGUGGCCCACAGAGACUGCGGCUGUGUGAGUGGGCACUAAAAAGGCAGCACUAAAAGGGAAGCCCCAAAACAACUUAAUGUCCAAAUGAAAUAAGUGAAAUUUUCACACCGAAAUUAAUAAAGACAUUAGUGCGUGUGGGCGUGGCUCAUUUAGGGCAUUUAACCGAGGCAAAAAUGUGCGCACUGGAUCCCUACAGCCAGCACCAGCUGCCGCACCACCAUAAAACCGAGACCCGCCACCGCCACCACCACCAGCACAGGCACGGGCACGGGCAGCUGGCGGCGGAGCAACAGGCUCCGGGGACUAGGAAAUCGGCCACAGGACGUGGAGCCGGUCGAAGGACAGCGGCGUCAAAUCUGCAGAUUUGGUAUAUCCUGCAUGUGAUACUCGUCCUAAUCGACAUUAGCAGCUCGCUGACAAUGACCGAAGUAACUAUACCCAAUCACAUAAUGCGCUUAAAGAGCGCCACCCUGGGCUGUCGCUACGCCCUCAACGGAGAGUCUCUCUACUCGGUGAAGUGGUACAAGGAUGGUCACGAGAUCUACCGCUACGUACCGCGGGACAAGCCCCCAGGACAGGCCUUCCCCCUGCCAGGAGUCAACAUCGAUCUUCGUAACUCCUCGGACACACAGAUCCUCCUGCGCCGUGUAACGCUCCAGAGUUCCGGACUUUAUCGGUGCGAGGUGUCCGGCGAGGCGCCCGCAUUCAACACCGUCGCCGAAUCGGAGACCAUGACCGUUGUGGUGACUCCUAACCACGGACCGAAGAUAACUGGAGGGCAGCCUCGAUACCAAAUCGGAGACACCGUCCGGGUGAACUGCACCUCGUCGCCGUCCAAGCCUGCCUGUCAACUAAACUGGUACAUUAACGGAGAGCCUGUGCAAAAGAUACAUCUCCGGCACUUUGACAAGAUUGUGGUUAAUCGCGAUGGCCUGGAGAUGUCCCGACUGGGCUUGGAGUUUCGGGUGCGAGGCUACCACUUUAAACACGGCGAUAUGAAGCUUAAAUGCGUGGCCAAGAUCAGUUCCCUGUAUCUGCAGAGCAACGAGGAGAGCGUGGAGAGCGAUCGUCAGCAGCGGGCACCGGCUCUGGAGUCUCGGGAAACUGUGGCAGCCAAGUCCAGCACGAUUGGUGCCGCCACUUCAAAGCAGUCUUCUCAACUCGUUUCAAUGCUGUCUCCCAUCUUUGUGCUGCUGCUGUUUCACAUCUGGACCUGGCCCAGGAAUAGUUAA